UCGUAGUCCAUUCGGCAGCACAGCACGUCAGCGUAAACAUCCCGGCAGCCGUGACACCUGUACAACAGCUUGGGAACUGAAGACGAUCACCAUGUUGCAAUUACACUUUCUAGAUGACUUGAGACGCAUGAACAUACGUCAGCGGAAGCAUGGAGCCAGCAUUUCACCGAGGUGAUCUUCUCUUCUUGACCAAUUAUGACCAUGAGCCUAUUCGUGCUGGUGAAAUAGUGGUAUUCAAGGUUGAAGGACGUGAUAUACCCAUUGUUCACCGUGUAUUGAAGGUUCAUGAAAAGGAAGAUGGAACUGUCAAGUUUUUGACAAAAGGAGAUAACAACAAUGUAGAUGACCGUGGCCUUUAUGCCAAUGGACAGGCCUGGCUAAGUCGCAAAGAUGUGGUUGGACGGGCGCGUGGUUUUGUACCAUAUAUUGGCAUAGUCACAAUUAUCAUGAAUGAUUAUCCAAAAUUCAAGUAUGCUGUGCUAGCUGGCUUAGGAGUUUUUGUAUUAAUACAUAGAGAAUGAGAGGAGGAGCUGCAUUACCUUUGAGAUUUGAUAAAUCAGGAGGAGAAUAAAUUAGAAAUAAUUGGUA